AUGAGUGAGAAAACCAUCUUGGCCUGCCUUCUUGUUCUUGCCAUUAGCGUGACACUGUCCAAUGCUGCUUGCUUCUUGCAGCCAUUGAAGCCAGGGAUGUCUGAUGGUAAGAUCAUAAAAGGCUGCCUUGACUCGAAUGGAGAACUGCAUGAAUUUGGUUCCAGCUGGAGGAGCGCAGACUGCAAUGAUUGCUCCUGUUCCAGGGAUGCAAUCCGCUGCUGCUCCAGCUUUGUAACACCAGUUGACUACGAUAAAGAGAAGUGUGUAAGCAUUUUCAACAAGGAGACCUGCACUUAUGAAGUAGUGGAGAAAGAUGAUCACUCAAAAGAAUGCCCAGUCCGUGGGUGGGUGGGCUAA